UUUCGACCGCUGAAAGAGAAAGCGCGAUGAAGGCGAUGGCGGGCAAGGCAGCGCUUGGAGACGUCAAGCUCCACGUGCUCAACGGCAGCCUCGACCCGUUCGAGCAAAAGUUUGGCUACAACUACGACUACGUGUUUGUCUUCAAGGUGCACGACGAGACGCACAAGCUCACGGAGGCGCAGACGACGUACUCGAUGCGCCUCAUCCUCCAGCGGCUCGCGGGCGCCGGCCUCGAGACGCGCAUGUUUUACUCGACCACGCGCGACCUCGUCUUCUGCAAGAUCCGCGCGUCGUACGAGCGCCUCUGCAAGGAGGCCGACCGCAUCGACCUCAAGCUCGACCCCGAAGUGCGCACAAAGCGCGUGCUCGCGUCGCUGCUGCUGAUCUUUGCGCUCAUUUUGCUCGUCAUUGGCGCUGUCGCGUCCAUUUUUGUGUUUCGCAUCUUUGCCGAGCGCGGCCGCCCGCUGUACGAGUACACGACGCUCAAUAUGAACGGCAAGGACGUGCCGCUCGCGUCGCCGAUUGCGUCGACGCUCAACGCAAUUCAGAUUCAGGUCAUGAACGGCAUCUACACGACGAUCGCGGUGCGCCUCAACAACUAUGAAAACCACCGCACCGACACGGAAUAUGAAGACAACUUGAUCGCCAAGACGUUCCUCUUUCAGUUUGUCAACUCGUACGCGAGUCUGUUCUACAUCGCCUUUAUCAAGAGCACUGUCGACGUGUGCACGGACCCCAAGGCCGGCGGCUGCAUCUACGAUCUCAUGGUCGCGCUCGGCAUCAUUUUCUGCCUUCGUCUCACGUCGGGCAACUUUUUCGAAGCCGUGUUGCCGUACCUCAAGCGCCGGCUGCGUGGCAAGUGCUCCAAGCCGGCGACGCCCGACGACGGCGAGACGCGCGCCAUGUCGAUCGUCGAAGAUCAAAUGACGCUCGGCGUCUACGACGACAUGGGUGUCUUUGGCGACUACAACGAAAUGAUCAUCCAAUACGGGUACAUCACGCUCUUUGUCAUCUCGUUUCCGCUCGCACCGUUCCUCGCGCUGCUCAACAACUACUUUGAGAUUCGAAUCGAUGCGUUCAAACUCGCAAAGGAGUCGCGCCGCCCGGAUCCCAAAGGCGCCGAAGACAUUGGCACGUGGAUGACGAUCCUCGAGAUCAUGAGCACGAUCGCCGUCAUCACCAACGUGGCCGCCGCCGUCUUUACGUCCAACACAACGUUCAGCGGCGUCUCGGGCGACAUCAAGAUGCUUGCGUUCGUCGGCCUUGAGCACGGUGUGCUGCUCGUCAAGUACUUUCUCGCGCUCCUCGUCGACGAUGUGCCCGAAGAUGUCCAGUUGCAGCUCGAUCGCUCCAAGUUCCUCGUCAACAAGGUUGUCUUCCAGAUCCAAGACGACGACGACGACGAUCUCGUCAAGGGCAACAAGAUCAAGGUCGACUUGACCGUCUAUGACGACGACGAGUAAUCUCUGCCCCUGUGUUGGCCACGCGGUUGAUGUGUCGUUGAAUACAUUUCAUUUUUGCAGCGUG